AAAAUUACUUGUGUCAUGCACAAAGUAGAUGUCCUAACCGACUUGCUAAAACUAUAGUUUGAAAUUUGUGGAGUGGUUGAAAAACAAGUUUUAAUGACUCCAACCUAAGUGUAUGUAAACUUCCGACUUCAACUGUACAUGUAAGAGGGUAGAUUCAUUGGAAAUAACUUUUUGAUUUAUGGCAUUUUCACCAAGAACUACCUGAUGGGUUCUACUAGUGAGACCUCUUAACUUUUCAGGCUUCCCAAAUAUUUCCAAUAAAUUCACAUCCAAGUAGAAUUUCCAUGUAGAAUGUUUGCUUGGCAUGGUUCCGGAUGAGGAUUGCAUUUUGGGUCUCGUGCCUUGAGGGUCAACACCUGUUUUAUUCGGUCACGUACAAAAUUCACAUUGAUCUAAAAAAAAAAUGGGUCUCCGGCUAUUCGAUUACUUGAGUUGUUUAAAAAUCAGCAUCUCCCCAGAAUUUGUCCUCAUACAGUUGUUAAACAUCAUCAACGCUAACUGAUAAUGUUGGUAUGCUAUGAAAUGCUGAACUGCGACCAAUAUGAGAGUAAUCACAGGGAAAGAAUGACAACUGUACUUUGUUUCUUACCAUUCUGUUAGUGGCAUUAUUUGUAAUAAUAUGAGAAGUGUAAAUCUAUUUUUGUAAUCUGGCUGUACCUGGUUUUUAUUUUUCAAGAGAGAUGGCACCCUGUUGCAUGUUUGUGGGUGAAAAUGAAUUGAUAAAGUUAAGAGAAAGAUCUGGACUUUGGAGUGUUUUAUAUUGCUUCAGAUCUAUAAUGGUAAAGAUAAAACAAAUGGAUACUCUUGUUAGUUGACAGACAUUUUCUGUUCAUAUCAGCCUUUUUAUUUGUAAUUGACAGUUUAUUUUUAAAUGGCCUUUUAAUAACUAUUUCUCCACAAAUUGAUCCUGAUGUUUAAGAUCUAAAACGUGAUCUUGUGCUGUUCCAUUUCAAAUAUGCAUAACAUGUUAGCAGUGAUGACAAAUCUGUCACUACCUAAAACCUGACAUUCUAGAACACAUUCUAUAGUGAACUCCUUAGUUGGGCAGAGAAAGUGGGUGAGGUAAGGUGCGUUGCCGUGGGAAUGGACAAACCAGUUUAUGUCAGGAGGGUGUGUACCCAUCUACCCACCUGCUUGACAGGCUUGUCACUCCGUCCAAACCACAUACACAUCAAAGAAACAGGAUUUGCAAAACACCCAACACCCCUCUCUCUCCCAGUCUGUCACUGCUCACAAACAAGGGACAUCUCUCCCCCACACACACACUGUCCUUCUCCAUCGCUCCCUAGUUUCCCCUUUAGUCUGAGCCCUCAAGAUGCCUGCCAAGUCGAUCGGCACCCAAGCGGAUGGGAAGACGUUUGAGCAGCUGAGGCAGGAGUGUCUACAGAAGAAGAAACUGUUUGAGGACCCAGACUUUCCUGCCUGUGACUCAUCCCUCUACUACAGCCAGAGCGUGCCCAUCAACUUUGAAUGGAAGAGACCUGGGCAACUUUGUGAGAAUCCCGAAUUCAUAGUUGGUGGGGCUGAUAGGACAGACAUAUGUCAAGGAGAACUAGGGGACUGCUGGCUCCUGGCAGCCAUUGCCUCUCUGACCCUCCAUAAGGAGACCCUGGCCAGAGUGGUGCCCAACGACCAGGGCUUUGACCGCAGCUACGCUGGCAUCUUCCACUUCCAGUUCUGGCAGCACAACAAAUGGCUGGACGUGGUGGUGGAUGACCGACUGCCUGCUGUGAGGAAUCGCCUGGUGCUGCUUCACUCUGCCUCCAACAACGAGUUUUGGAGCGCACUGCUGGAGAAGGCCUAUGCCAAGUUGAACGGGAGCUAUGAGUCCCUGAAGGGAGGCUCUACCCUAGAGGCCAUGGAGGACUUCACCGGCGGCGUUGGGGAGACGUACGAGACCAAAAGCGCUCCAACCGACCUCUUCAACAUCAUGAAGAAGGCCUACGACAGAGGCUCAAUGAUGGGCUGCUCUAUAGACAUCACCAGCUCUGCUGAGUCAGAGGCCCAGACAGCUUCAGGACUGGUGAAGGGACACGCCUACUCCAUCACAGGCCUUGAGGAGGUUAACUACAGAGGAAAAAAGGUCAAGCUGAUCCGGAUCAGGAACCCUUGGGGACAGGUGGAAUGGAACGGUGCCUGGAGUGACGAGUCUAGGGAGUGGAAUGUGAUUGACAGUUCUGAGAAAAAACGCAUUCUUCAGAACUCCAUGGAUGAUGGUGAAUUCUGGAUGGAGUUUGAGGACUUCAAGGCCAACUACGACAAGAUAGAGAUCUGCAACCUGACGCCGGACUCUCUGAUGGACGACACCAAGCGGAAGUGGGAGGUGAACAUGUUCGAGGGCAACUGGAUCCGUGGCUCCACCGCAGGCGGCUGCAGGAACUUCAUAGAUACAUUUUGGACCAACCCCCAGUUCAAGCUGACCCUGCUGCAUGCUGACGAUAAUAAUGAUAAGUGCAGCGUGGUCAUCGCUCUGAUGCAGAAGAACCGCCGUGCGCUGAGGAAAGAGGGACUGGACCUGCAAACCAUCGGCUUUGCUCUUUACGAGGCCCCUGCAGAUGAGGACCACCUGGGGAAAGACUUCUUCCGUUACAAUGGGUCCAAGGCUCGCAGUAAGACCUACAUCAACGUGAGGGAGAUCUCCGAGCGCUUCACCUUGCCCCCAGGGAAAUACCUGCUGGUGCCCACCACCUUCCAGCCCCACAACGAGGCCGACUUCCUCAUACGCAUCUUCUCUGAGAAGGCAGCCGGAACCAUGGAAAUGGGAAACACAGUAGAUGCUGAUUUGCCAGAUCCUCCAAUGCCCAGUCUACCAGAGGAGGAGACGGAUGAGGAGAAGGGACUGAGGAGAAUGUUUGAAAAGAUUGCUGGUUCGGACCAGGCCAUCUCUGCCAAGGAGCUUCAGCAGGUGUUGAAUGGAGUACUUAGCAGGAGGAGAGAAAUCAAGUUUGAUGGUCUGAGUCUCAACACCUGCCAUAGCAUCAUCAACCUGAUGGAUGUUGACAAUUCAGGGCAGCUUGAGUUUCAGGAGUUCAAGGUCUUCUGGGAAAAGAUGAAAAAAUGGAUUAUGCUCUUCAUUUCUUAUGACACGGACCGGUCAGGGAAGAUGUCCUCCUAUGAGCUCCGCAUAGCUCUGAAAGCAGCAGGCAUGCAUCUGAACACCAAGCUCCUCCAGCUGCUUGGCUUGAGGUUCGCUGAUGAGAACUACGACAUCGACUUUGAUGACUACCUCACCUGCAUCGUCCGCCUGGAAAAUAUGUUCAGGGUUUUCCAAGCAUUGGACAAAAGCAAGACAGGCCAGGUCAACAUGAACAUACUGCAGUUCCUCCUUCUUUCCAUGAACGUCUGAAGAGGAUCCAGCAGAAGAACAAAGUAAAAUAAUGGGCUUGGGAUGCAAUAUGUGUUGCUUGCAAAUACACUAAUCUCGAGUCGUUCCCGCUGGGAACGCGGUUAGCGAAUACACUAGUUAUAAUCCAUGCAUAAAACAAAGCUAUGUUUUAAUGUUGUAUGCCUUUGUCUCUCUUGAAUUCACUCUUUUGUUUUAAAACGAAACCAACAUACUUGUGCCACAGUUUGGAUCUUAUGCCCCUUGUAUUUGACAAUCAGGAGAAUGUGUUAAAUUCUGUUUACAGAGUUGCUCCAAUAAUAAAUAAUGCACUGAUCAAGUUUUAAAUGUUUCAUUUUGACACCCUGUAUCAGUUGAUUUCUCAGUUUGGGAUUAAACAAAAUAAAAAUGUAA